AUGAAAUUUCUGUGGUUGCUUUGGCUAGCUGUGAUUUGGACAAGUGAUGUGAGAGCCGCCAGCGAGGAGCAUUUGAGGGAACUGGUCGCCACGGAGACGUCGCUCAUCGAUGGCCUGCGGGAAUACAUUGAAGCAUUGGAGCAGCAGCUGAUGGUAAUCAAGCGAGAGACAUCAGCUAUUGAGCAGAUACAUCAGUUGGUUGGAGAGCAAGUGGAUGAGCACAUGGGUAAUCCGCUGAAUGUUCUCACAAUACUGAAGCGUUUCCACAGUGUUUGGCCACUGAUUGAGCAACUGGCAAAUGACACAUUGAGUCUGGCCGAUAGUCUGCCCGACUAUGAGAUGGAACUGCAGCUGCCCAGCGAGGAGGAUUACGAGACAGCUCUGCUCAAUUUGCUGCGACUGCAAUCCGUUUAUAACUUGGAACCUGCCACCCUCUCCCUGGGCAUAGUCAAUGGACUCAAGUUGGGGUCAGCCAUGUCCUGGAGUGACUGCCUUGAUAUGGCGCGUAACUCGGAUCGGAAUGGAGACUACGCCGUGGCCAAGUACUGGGUGGAGACGGCUCUGGGAAAGCUGCCAGCUGCUGUUAAUGCAACAAACUUCUCAGUCAGCGAACAGGAACGCGGAAAAGUCCAAAUACUGGAGACAUCCCUGAAUAUGGAUUAUCGCGCAGGUGAAUUCUCGAGUGCCCUAACAACCGCCAAAGAGUUGCUUCUGCUGCGACCCACUAACCAAAAUGUGCAGAAAGCCAAGGCCAAGAUUGAACGGGCCAUAAAUACAACUCAAAAGAAAGUUCUGCCAAAACGAAAAUCCAAGGCAAAGGUAAAUCUGUCCAAAUCGGUUGAGCAGCUGCUUAUUGAUGAGCUCUGCCGAGCGGCGACUCAACAGGUGACAACAGGAAGUCGAGUGUUGGAGUGUCGCCAAGAUAACUCGUAUCUGCGUAUGCUACGCUUGGAGCAACUAAGUGAGGAUCCACACAUAAUGCUCUAUCAUGAUGUGAUCAGCUUCCGUCAGGCAGACAAAUUGAUUAGUCUUGUGGAUGAUAAACCAGACGAGCAGCAACUGAAGGGAGUCGCCACCUUUGCUCCAAUGGAAGUCAGCAAGUUGGGACUGAAAUUGUUGCGUGGCAUCCAUAAUCAACUGGAUGUGGGACAAGCAGAGAUGUGGCAGGCACGUCGUCACAGUCACGAGCACGUGACGGAGCCAGAGGUGCCAUCAACCACAACGGGACAUGUGGGGCAAGUGGAGCAUGUGGCACGCGCAAUGCUCAAUCUAAAUGAGUCCAAGUUGGGUGGUGCUUUGGUCUUUCCACAAUUAGAGCUCAGCGUCAAUGUCCCACGGGGUUCUCUGCUCUACUGGCGUAUUCGCAGCUUUAACGAGUUGCCGAGACUGGAUUACCGGAGUCGCCAACUUGUCUGUCCCGUAUUGUUGGGCACACAGUUGUCACUCUGGACAAACCUGAACUGAGUCCCGGCAACGACUGAAACCCGUUGAGGUUCUUCACGCCCUUUAAUCUUUCGCUAAUUGCCGCAA